AUGCCAAGAUCGAAGCCUAUCAAAGUGCUAUCUAUCCCAUUGAAACCCAUCAAACCACUGCCUAUGUAUGAAAUUCAUUACUCAAAAGCCACUGAAACCUAUCAAAGUGGUACCUAUCCCAUUGAAACCUAUCAAACCACUGCCUGUCAAAGUCACUUCUCAAAAGCUACUGAAGCCACUGAAGCCUAUCAAAGUGCUAUCUAUCCCAUUGAAACCUAUCAAACCACUGCCUACCAAAUUUAUUACUCAAAAGCUACUGAAUCCACUGAGGCCUAUCAAAUUGCUAUCUAUCCCAUUGAAACCCAUCAAACCACUGCCUAUCAAAUUCAUUACUCAAAAGCUACUGAAGCCACUCAAGCUUAUCAAAGUGCUACCUAUCCCAUUGAAACCUAUCAAACUGCAUAUCAAAGUCAUUUCUCAAAAGCUACUGAAGCCACUGAAGCCUAUCAAAGUGCUACCUAUCCCAUUGAAACCUGUCAAACCACUAACACCAACAAUAGCACUGCCCAACAAUGCCAUUCUUUCCAAGAAGCCCCUGAAGAAUUCUAG